AUACAAUUAUCAACAUUGUUUUUUCUCUCCCCUGCAGAAACUGACCAGGGGAAAAUGGCAGCUGUAAAUCACUCCUCAGUGGCUGAGUUCAUCCUGGCGGGGCUCACAGAGAAGCCGGAACUCCAGCUGCCCCUCUUCCUCCUCUUCCUGGCAAUCUACAUGGUCACAGUGGUGGGGAACCUGGGCAUGAUCACUCUGAUUGGGCUCCGUUCUCACCUGCACACCCCCAUGUAUUAUUUCCUCAGCAGUCUGUCCUUCAUCGAUCUCUGUCAUUCCACUGUCAUUACCCCCAAAAUGCUGCUGAACUUUGUGACAGAGAAGAACAUCAUCUCCUACCCUGCAUGCAUGACCCAGCUCUUUUUUUUCCUCGUUUUUGCUAUUGCCGAGUGUUACAUGUUGGCAGCAAUGGCGUGUGACCGCUAUGUGGCCAUCAGUAGCCCCUUGCUUUACAAUGUCAUUAUGUCUCAUCGUGUCUGCUUCUCUCUGAUUUUAGGGGUAUAUAUUAUAGGCCUGGUUUGUGCAACAGCUCAUACUGGCUGCAUGUUUAGGGUGCAGUUCUGCAAAUUUGAUGUGAUCAAUCAUUAUUUCUGUGAUCUUAUUUCCAUCUUGAAGCUCUCCUGUUCUAGCACUUAUGUCAGUGAAUUACUGAUUCUGAUCUUUAGUGGAAUUAAUAUUCUUGUCCCCAGCCUGACCAUCCUGGCCUCCUACAUCUUCAUCAUUGCCAGCAUUCUCCGCAUCCGUUCCCGUGAGGGCAGGUCCAAAGCCUUCAGCACCUGCAGCUCCCACGUCUCGGCUGUUGCUGUCUUCUUUGGAUCUGCAGCAUUCAUGUACCUGCAGCCAUCAGCAGUCAGCUCCACGGACCAAGGCAAAAUCUCUUCUGUGUUUUAUACCAUUUUCGUGCCCAUGUUGAACCCACUAAUUUAUAGCCUUCGGAAUAAAGAUGUCAACGUUGCUUUGAAGAAAAUGCUAAGGAGAAGAAUACCUCUAUGA